AAAGCAUUUUAAUUAAAAUUCAACAAAGAUUUUUUAGAAACCUCACCAAGAUUAUAUAGCAAGAGAAAGAAACAUAAGAAAGAAAAUCUUUUUUGUGCAUUUGAGCUUUCAGAUUGGUCUGUCUUCGGCUACAUCCAAAAGGGUUUUCUUGGAUUCCUUCAAUUCUCAAUCUUGCCAUUGAAGUGGGAGAAUCAUAAUCAAGAAGAAAAAAAAAAAGAAUCCAAGAAAUUCCGAAAUAUAUUGCAUUCUUGGUUGGAGAGGAAAUAAUUUAUGUUCAAUUUGUUUGAGUUUUUUCUUUUAUUGAAAGGAAAGGAAGAUUUAAUUUUGUAAUCUAAAUUCGGGUUUCCUAAAAUCUUGAGGGUUUGAAAGUUGGUUGACGAGAUGAAUGUGGUGGGUAGAGUUGGGAGCCUAAUUUCCCAAGGUGUUUACUCUGUUGCCACCCCUUUCCAUCCCUUUGGUGGGGCCGUUGAUGUGAUUGUUGUUCAGCAGCAGGAUGGUACAUUCAGAAGCACACCUUGGUAUGUCCGGUUUGGUAAGUUUCAGGGAGUUCUGAAAGGUGCUGAGAAGAUUGUCCGCAUCAGUGUCAAUGGCGUCGAAGCCAAUUUCCACAUGUAUCUUGAUAAUUCAGGGGAGGCAUAUUUGGUAAAGGAGGUUGAUGCUGGUAAAGGAGUUGAGACAAAUGGGGUUGUAAAGGACUCUGAUACUUUGGAAGUUACAGGAGGGGAUAGUAGUGUAGGUGAUAUUAGAAAAGAUAGCAGUAAUGAUAACAGUAGUAACAUUCGUAGAUUUGAACAUUGUGUCUCUGAUCCAGGGGUGGUCCGAUUGCAAGAUGAAUCUGUUUCCAUGCUUGAGAGGGUAGAAUCUGAUGCCGAGCGAAGGUUUUAUGACUUCCAGGAUGAGCAAUCCUCUUUGGAUGGAACAGUUGAGUUUCCAGAGUAUGGACCAAAUCAAUUUGAGGGUUUAGAUAGUGAUAAUUUUGUGGAACCACAGAAUUUGAAUUCAGAAGUGAUCUUGGUGAGUGUGGAUGGUCAAGUACUAACAGCCCCCAUCUCAGCAUCAGAACAGGAUACGGAGAAUGUGCAAUUAAGUACCACGCCCCAGUUUCAUCUGGGCCCAGGUAAAGGGACAGAAUUUUGCGAUGAGGAGUAUGGUUCUGGUGAAAAUGCUUGGGCUACUGAUUAUAUUAGUGAGCAGAUUACAUCUACAGCUAAUGUUGCAUCUGGUGAUGUUUGCAGCAUUAGUAUUGAUGACGAUGCUUCUGGGCACCAACUGGAAGUUUGUGAAGGAGAGGAGGAGCAUGUCUGUCAAUCUCAGGAAGCUCUGAACACUGCAGAUCAGGGAGCAGAGGUUCACAUCCAGAGUGAUUCAGAAGUGGUGUCUGCCAGUAUCAGGAGGAAGGAUAUUUUUAUGAGCUGUUUGGAGCUACCAGAAUUGACCAAACAAGUUGGAAAUGCCAAUUUAAAAGGUGUUGUUUCCUCAUUGGAUGCCCAAAUUUCACAAGAGAUAUCUCAACAGAGUUCUCCCAUUGUUGGUGAAGAUGAAGAUGGGGCUGUUGUUGAAUCUAGAAAGGAUGAUGGGCUAUCUGCCUCCUGUAGUUCGAGUUCUCCUGUUAAGGAGACAUCUCCAUUUAUGCAAGUUGGAGUCGAAUCAAUUGAUGAAAAUUCAUACAGUGCAGAACACGAGUGUUCCAACAGCAAAUCCGUUCAUUCUGUUAAUAAUGGUUCAGAAUCUGAGGACGAAAAGUUUACCACAUCUGCAGCAGUUGAAGAGAUAGAUAAUAGUCCAAAAAGUCCUGCACCUGGAGAUGAAUGCAGUAAAAGUGAGCUAUUGGGAUGUCAAACAGUAUCUUCCAGUGAAGGAAUUCACACUCACUCUAACAUAAGGUUUGAGAUCUCACUCUGUAGGAAGGAGCUUCGUCCAGGUAUGGGCUUAAGCGCUGCUGCUGAAUCCUUUAAUGCACAUCGCAUAUCUGCAGAGGAGUUUAAAAACUCUGCACCAUCAAUCAUUAAAAAUGAGAAUCUAAUCAUCAGAGUUAGAGAGAGGUACUUGCCAUGGGAAACUGCUGCUCCCCUGGUUCUUGGAAUGGCUGCAUUUGGUUUAGAUUUACCUUUUGAGCCCAAAGAUGCGAUUCCUGUGGAACAAGAUGGCACACCACAGCCCAGGGAUGAUGAUUCUGGACACGCUUCUUCAUCAGGACGCAGAUGGAGGCUCUGGCCUAAUCCAUUUAGAAGAGUCAAAACAAUUGAGCAUGCUAGUAGCAAUUCAUCGACUGAGGAGAUCUUUGUUGAUUCUGAAUCUAGUAUUUCACAUUUUGGAUCAACUAUGACGUCACAUGAUGGCAAUGAUUCCCCUCGCAAUCCAUAUAUAAGGACCAAUGUUCCCACUAAUGAGCAGAUAGCAUCUUUGAAUCUGAAAGAUGGUCAAAAUAAGAUUACUUUCAGUUUCUCUACCAGGGUUCUCGGAAAUCAACAGGUUGAUGCUCAUAUUUACUUGUGGAAGUGGAAUGCGAGAAUCGUAAUUUCAGAUGUUGAUGGAACAAUUACCAAGUCUGAUGUUUUAGGUCAGUUCAUGCCUUUAGUUGGAAGGGAUUGGACGCAAUCUGGGGUCGCUAGACUUUUCUCUGCAAUUAAGGAGAAUGGAUAUCAGCUACUGUUUCUGAGUGCACGGGCAAUUGUUCAGGCAUAUCUAACUAGAAGUUUUUUACUCAAUCUGAAGCAGGAUGGAAAAACUUUACCAAAUGGACCUAUUGUUAUUUCACCUGAUGGAUUAUUUCCCUCCUUGUACCGAGAAGUAAUAAGAAGAGCACCUCAUGAAUUCAAGAUUGCAUGUCUAGAGGAUAUUAGAAAACUCUUCCCUUCUGAUUACAAUCCAUUUUACGCGGGAUUUGGAAAUAGAGACACAGAUGAAUUCAGUUACAAGAAAAUGGGGAUUCCUAAAGGAAAAAUAUUUAUUAUCAACCCUAAGGGCGAGGUGGCCACUAGUCAUCGCAUUGAUGUGAAGUCAUACACGUCUCUACACACUCUUGUCAACGACAUGUUCCCUCCAACUUCGUUGGUUGAGCAUGAGCAGGAAGAAUAUAACACGUGGAAUUUUUGGAAGAUGCCAUUGCCGGACAUUGCUUUGUAGGACCAAUAUCAGUGGCUAGGGUAACCAACAAAACAUGGGUGCACUAAUCGUUCUUCUUGUUUGGCUGUUUGCCCUGGCUUUAUGCUGGAAUUAAUGCUUCUGGGUUCAUUGGUGGCUUAUCUACACAAGCAGUCGGGUUUUACUGGAAGUUUUGAGUAUUUGAUGGGUCAUUAGAUCUCUUACUGAAUAAAAUUUCUAGUGAUAUUUAGCCGUCCCCCUUGUAUCCAUAAUUUCAGCUUUGUUUCUUUGGAAUUUGUAUGAUGUAUUGACACUCAUAAUUCAUUAAAUGAACAUGUAUCCAAAGAUUCAUAGCAA